CAAGAUAGGGAUAAGGAGUUAUACAGGAACUCACAUACCUUACUAACUCCUUGCUUAAACCAAUUAAAAAAGAACUUGUUUUGGGAUAAGAGCUUCCUUGAUGAAAUUCUUGAAUUCUGAAAUUCAAAUGUAGACUUUCUUGGAGACUUUAAUGCAUUUUGCUUACCAGUAUUUACUUUUGUUUUUCUUUUUAGUUUUAAAUAUGAUUGGUAGCUGUUACAACUGAUAUCUGAGCCAAAGUGGUAAUGUUAACUGAGGGAAAUUCCUGCACCCCAUAAGUCAACCAUUAUAAGAUCGUGAGCCAUGCCUCUGGUGAAGAGGAACAUCGAGCCCCGGCACUUGUGCCGCGGAGCUCUGCCUGAAGGAAUCACCAGCGAGCUGGAAUGUGUGACCAACAGCACCCUUGCUGCCAUCAUACGUCAGCUAAGCAGCCUAAGCAAACAUGCUGAAGACAUAUUUGGUGAGUUGUUUAACGAGGCCAACAACUUCUACAUCAGAGCAAAUUCCCUUCAAGACAGAAUUGAUCGCCUUGCUGUCAAAGUUACCCAGCUGGAUUCAACAGUAGAAGAGGUGUCACUCCAGGACAUCAACAUGAAGAAAGCAUUCAAAAGUUCCACGGUCCAGGACCAGCAGGUGGUGUCGAAAAACAGCAUCCCGAAUCCUGUGGCUGACAUUUACAAUCAGAGCGAUAAACCACCCCCUCUGAACAUUCUCACACCAUACAGAGAUGAUAAGAAGGAUGGGCUGAAGUUCUACACGGAUCCUUCCUAUUUCUUUGACCUCUGGAAAGAAAAAAUGCUCCAGGACACAGAAGACAAAAGGAAAGAGAAAAGGCGACAAAAGGAGCAAAAACGUAUAGAUGGCACAACCCGCGAGGUGAAAAAGGUUAGAAAAGCCAGAAACAGGCGCCAGGAGUGGAAUAUGAUGGCAUAUGACAAAGAGCUUAGACCUGACAACAGGUUGUCUCAGAGCGUAUACCACGGCGCAUCUUCCGAGGGAUCCCUGUCCCCCGACACUAGAUCCCACGCCUCAGAUGUCACGGAUUACUCUUACCCGGCCACUCCAAACCAUUCUCUGCAUCCGCAGCCAGCGACGCCUUCCUACGCGGCCAGCGACGGGCCGCCGCACGGAGCAGCCAGCCAGGCCCCUGAGCACGAGUUCAGACCGCCCUCCACCUCAGCGAGGCACGUGACCCUCAACAGACCGCAGCAGCCACCCCCGCCGCCCCCGCCACAGGCCGCGGAUGGGUCUCAGGCCGCGGCGCCCGUGGGCCCCGCAGACUACGGGAUGCUUCCAGCACAGAUAAUUGACUACUACAGCCCAUCGGGACCACCUCCUCCUCCACCACCUCCUGUGAUUCCCUCCGCACAAACUGCUUUUGUUAGCCCCCUGCAGAUCCCCAUGCAGUCGUCCUUCCCUGCACCUGCCGGUGGCACCUACACGGCUCCUCCUCACCCUCCUCCCACCGGGCUCAUUGUCACAGCCCCACCCCCUCCAGGCCCCCCACCAUCCCCCCCGGGCCCCCCUGGUGCUGGCUCCUCGCUCUCAUCCUCGCCCAUGCAUGGCCCCCCAGGAGCCGAGGCGAAGCGUCAGGAAACCACACAGCCACCCAUCAGUGAUGCUCGAAGUGAUCUUCUCGCUGCUAUUCGAAUGGGAAUUCAGCUGAAAAAGGUGCAGGAGCAGCGUGAACAAGAAGCCAAGCGCGAGCCUGUGGGGAACGACGUGGCCACGAUCCUCUCCAGGCGCAUCGCCGUGGAAUACAGCGAUUCCGACGACGACUCGGAAUUUGAUGAAAACGACUGGUCAGAUUGAGGCCCUGUCGGGAGCAGCUGCUUGCAGUGGGCAGGGUGACUGGGUGGCAGGCUGGUCACCAACUGGAGACCGAGGGCCGCAAGUGUAUUGAAGAUGUUAAGUGGUCUCAGCAUUCAAAUAGUGGUAUUAUAAUUCUGUAGCUUAGCAACUUUUGUAUUACUAAUGUGAUAUUGCUUCUGCACAUCCAGAAAUCCUGGGUUCCUUUCAGUAUUUACUCUGUAAUACUUAAGUGCCACUGACCAUAGCGAAUUGUGCCGCACCUGAGGAAACUUGCUGUAGUUAUCGCACUGUCCGAAACACAGCGUUCUGCUUUCUUCUUGGCCGUGGAGGUGUUCAGCGCAGCCUGGGUGUACUCUUCUUGAUUGUUAUAAUUUUGCAGACUUGAUCUAUGUUUGUGAAGCUGCCUGGUUGUUAGGUCUUCGCGAGAUUCACAGCUGUGUGUCAGUGAUGUCUUCCUAUCAGUGAGUGGUAGCGUUUUGCUUUUUUGUAUAUUUUUUUUUUAAUGUGUUUUCAAAGCACUUGGUUCUAGAGAGAAAGAUGUAACAAGCGAGGAGAAUCGACUGUUGGUGCGUUAAGCUUCCUGACUUGGCAGCCUCUGAGUGAACUUGAAUGUGCUGUUAAAUACUAUGAUUUCCUUUGCACGCUUUUGUAAAUUGUGAGAUUAGAAGGGCCCCCCCUUACGCAGGAUUCCACAGUAAUCUUCCUUUACCCCAUGGGCAUCCGCUGAGUAAAUGCUUGUUGAUGAUAUUUGUCUGAACCUACCGCAGCUCAGUAGUAAUGACAAUGAAAUGCAGUCCUUUUUCCUUUGGGGGCCAUUUGGGGUGGUCCUCCAAAUAUUUGACCACCAUUACAACUUGGACACCAACCACCUGGAACAGACACAGGUCAUAAAGGGACCAAAGGAGACAUGCUGAGUUUAUUCCUGCAGCUGUGUCCUGAGUGAGUCCAGUUAGAGCUCUGCAGCGUAUGGCUCAAACGGCUCCUGACUCCGUUUGGUCUGGAUUUUAAAAGCUAACUGACAGGUCGGCAGUUCAAACCCACCAGCGGCUCCACAGGAGAAGAGACCUGGCAAUCUGCUCCCGUAAAGAUGACAGCCUAGGAAACCAUAUGGGGCAGUUCUUCUCUGUCACAUGGGGUCGCUAUGAGUUGGAAUUGACUCGAUGGCACCCAACAGCAGGUUUAGGGUGAAGUAGACACUGACAGUGACUGACUCUUCCUGGGGUAGGGGCCAGAUUUGGGGUCAGGUGCAGCUGAGGCCCUCGCUCUAUCCUAGAAGCACACAGUUCCAUUUUCUCGUAUCGUCUUGGGCACAUUAAGUCUUGUGAAGUACCUCACAACAUUACCUUGAUUAGACCCGUAGCUGGAACAUCGUCACCUUCCUGUCACCUUCCCUCUCCCCGUCACUCUCUCACACAUGGUCGUAUUAGAGACCUGUGGGUUUGUUUUUUCCUAGCUGAAACAAACCCUUGGGAAACUCAAGAAUGAGAGCUUCUAUUUUGUAAUUCCAGAUAAAGGAUAACUGCUUGUUUAGAGUAAAUAAAUGCCCCAGGCUUUGAUUAUAGAUAUGAAUUCAUAAAUAUACUAAGAUACUAAGGAAGUCUUACCUACUUAACGACAUUUCAGACAGGUUUCAAUUACUAGUGACUAUUUUUUUAUCAGUUACAAUGAAGAGAGCAUCUUCGGUUAAGAACAGUUAUUUGAGUUGAUGGUAGGAAUGUAAACCGUUUUCGUUCACGAGUUCUCUUUAGGGAAUCACCUUGGCCACCUGAGUAUGGUCUGCAUGCCUUGAGUGGACACGUGCUUGGCUGUGGGCAGUCAUCUCACUGAGCUUGUCUGUUGGGGUUCAGUCUCACAGAUUCCGAAACUGAGUAAUGGCAUGUCUGCAUCCGCUUCCCAGACCCUCCCCGUGCCUGUUGACCCGAGCCAUUUUAGCUGGACUGGCUUCUUUGGCACAUGCUUCCUUUAAAAUAACAGGAGGAAUAAAAUCCAGUUGAGGUUAUUUUUGAAGUAUUUUUUUCUCAUCGAAUUAGAUUUCUCCCAAAAUUGAAAUCCAGACCUUUUCUAAAUUGUGGUAAUAUGUGAAAGCAGAAAAGUGCAGGGUUUAAAUAUUCAUUUUUCAUGUUCAAGAAAUAUUUACUGCAACAAAUGAAGAAAAUAGUUAAAAGCUUAUUUCUCAUCUAUGAAUUUUACAUAUUGAAGUGCAGUUAUAAAGAGUCAGUUUAUUUUAAGUUGUCCCCGGAUUAAGUUUCCCUGCGUGUGUUAGUUUAACUUCUUAUCUUGUGAGCCUUUUUCUCAUGGCAUCGACUAGGCAGAGGGGAUGAAGUGCUUGUUCAGUGCCAUGCAGUCACCACGCAGACACGCUGUGCUUGAACACAAGGCAAGUGACUUUGCGUCGUUAGCCCCAAACAGUAAGGCUUGGAAUACUUAUGUUUUUCUUUAGUAAGAAUACCAUUAGAAAAUGAACAUUUUCCUUUCAAGAAAACUUUAGAACAUCAAAUCUUUUCUAAGCACCAAGUGGCUAGGUUGUGAAAGUUCUAUAUUAAUGUGCAACUGAAAUACACACUAGAUUUUAAUCUAUCAAAGAUUAGUGGGAAUAUAUCAGCCAGAGUAGCAAAUAAUUUUUGUUUUCUAAAUCAGAGUUCUCUGUCAUCUUGCAGUAUUACCAAUGCUGUUGUAAAUUGAAUUUAAAGUGGUAUUAAAAACACAAACUAAGUCCUGUUAAACAAUUUUUAUCUGUUUGUAUAUCUUACUAUAGAUUAUGUACAAGUAACACCUAAAUAAAAUUACACUUUUAACCCUAAAAGGUUUUGUACAUUUGACCUGUUUUUUGAGGAAGAACUGGAGGGUGGGGUGGCGUUUUUAAUCUAACAUUUAUCUUAUUACAUGACAGAAGGCACUAUUCUUACUUCCAUUUAAAUUUCUACGUAAUUUAUUGUGUGAUCCAGGGUUCACAUUCAGCUCUGUGAAUGCCUCGGGGAACACUGGUAUAGUUUUAGCUUUCAUGGUUAGGUCUGUAAUUCACUGCAAAUUCAUUUUUGUUUAUGGUGUGAGGUAGGAAUAAGUUUCAUUUUUUUUCCACAUCGAUAGCUAAUUAUUCCGGCCUCAUUUGUUAAAAUGUUUGGCUUUUUUUUUUGUUUGGGUUUUCUGUUACUUUGGUUGGUUGGUUUCCCCCACUAGAUUGCUUUGACGCCUUUGUCAAUAGACAGUUCAGCACAUUAGAGUAAUGCAACUGUAAAUGGAAUUUUCAAAACUUUUCCAGUAUUUUACUACCAAAACCAAAAAGCCAAACCUGCUGCCAUCAAGUCGAUUCUGACUCAUAGCAACCCUGUAGGACAUAGUAGAACUUCCCCAUAGGGUUUCCAAGGAGCAGCUGGUGGGUUCGAACUGUCGACCUUUUGGUUAGCAGCCAUAGC